AUGUCGUCGCCUGUGACCCCCCAGCGCAUCCCCCGUAGCUCAGUUUCAACGCCGUACACGCCUCUCAGCCUACAUUCUUUUACUUCAAAUUCCUCCACCCUCACGACUCCGAGUAGCAUCCAAAGUGCGCGCGCAAGAUCUAAACGUCUCAACUUCACCAGUCCCAACGCCAGCAUCGUCUCCGAGAAUGGAGUCAGCCACAACAAGAAGACUCAUAAGUCAUGCCUUUCUGACAUAGCCGAUAGUUGGCGCUCCAGGGCCACCGAGCAUGGCAUCAAGGUCUCUGCAUCUCAAUCUACUGUAGGUGAAGAUUCUCAUUAUGGCGACGACGAAGCUAGCGAUAGAGCGUUCUCUGAUGUGAAUGAUACAAGUUUUGUCACGACCGAGGAAGCACUUCUUCCCCCGGCGUUCCUUUCAACUCAUCGUCGACCUCGUUCCCAAUCUCAGGUAGUGCCUCCAACAACCAGGUCUUUCGCCGGAGGGCCCCUUCAGCCCACGUCUCCAAACGUCCUUCGAACUCCCGCUCGUUCAACGCGGCUGUCUAAUCUCAUCUCUUCCUCUGCGUCCAAGGCCACCUUCACACACUCAGGAGCAUUUAUCGGCCGAGAGGCCGAAAACACUGGCAACCACAAAAGCAACACGCGAACGACAAGUAGCCAAAACAUCGAGAACGCAAUCAUGUGCACCCCUCCUCCUAACAAAGCACGCGCCCAAAACCUCAGAAUGAAAGGAAGCUUUACCGAUCCAGCCGCUCUCCGACGGCGUCCAGGAACGGAUUCUACCCCCAUCCGGCGCAAGCAAGACUUGUCGACACAAUCGCUAUUUGACAUUGACGAGAACGACUUCGAAGACGACGAUGCCAGCUACGAACCAUCCUUUAACCAAUACGAAUAUGAGCGAUCUUUCGACUACGACCAUGGCUUCACUGAUCCAAUUGCGGAUGCCGAGCUCAAUCACUUAGCCAUUUAUGAGACCAACAAACAGCACUCCGAAAUUGAGCCAUUCACUUACUCUCCCUUAGCCGACCGUCUCAACGUCGCCACCAAUUUCGCACAGAUGCUUGGCAUGAAUGUGACUCCUGGUUACGGGCUCAGCACAUUUGCAUCUAUUCCAAGCUUUACGCAAUAUCCCUCCCCUCUUCCUAUGCAGAACAUGCCUUUACCGAUGGCUCAACAACACUCCGUGCCAUCACCCCUCUACCAACUGCCUACUUUCAACCCUCAUUUCCUUCAGCCCGGCCAGGCAAUCGAGCAUUCGGUUGUGCCCAAUGACUUCGGUCGUUCCCUUAUAAACUCUGAGGAUCAUUUCCACACCCAACAGCGUCGUCGCAAUAUUCCCGUCCUACCAUCCAUCGAGUCACUCAGCUCGCAUCCCACUGAAUCUAGCAGUGAGCCAUCCGCAGGUUCUCCGACGAAGUGCUCUGUUUGCCACCGCUCAGGAGGAGCUUCAAAUACCGAUCGCUCUCGUCUGUCUGGCAGCAUACCAUCCUUGUCUGCUGCGCCUCUCUCUUUAGCAAUCCUCUCCCCUUGUACUCAUCCGCUGUGUUCUGCCUGUCUUACCAGCGCCCUCAAUAUCGUCGGUGAAAAAGACAUGGAAUGCGCCGUUUGUAAGAAAGCUGUCUCUAGCUUCAAACUCAUCAACAUUGCUGCGGAAUUGAAUACUUGUCCGCCGAUUGCUUCGCCCUCUCCAUCUCCCCUCUGUUCGGUCGAUGUGAAUCGAUUACCACCGCCGUCGUCGACGCCGAAGAAAGUGCGAAAGACAGAAUAUACGCGCGGGCAUUCCUUCUUGGAUCCCUUGUUCAGUUCUCCGGGAAGCGUCGAAGGUGCCGUUAAUGGUCUCGGCUUCACUUUUGGCAAUACAGAUCACGCUCUAGACUCUGCCCCCUUCGAGGAUUUCAGAGCGAGUACUCCGAAGGAGGAUCAUAGCCGAAUCAGAGCCAAAACCGGGGCUCGAUCGGACGGAAAAAAUGAACACGAGCCAGUUGUAUUGAGAAUUGACAAUGUUCCUUGGGAUAUCACCCCUCCUGCUAUAUGCAUGUGGCUUGAGCAGCCAGUCCUACGUGUUCACGUCCUUCUUGACCGCAAAGGCAAGACUCUUAGUCACGCAUUUGUAGAAGUCGAAAAUGAGGACGUGGCGAGGGCUGUUUUGCGAGGCGAGGGUAAGAGCCGAAGUGGAAUCACCCGCUCUGGUGCCUCAACGAUGCGAAGCAGUGUACUGGGGAAGGGCCGCCGCGCUCGAGGAGUGACCGUAACGAGGAGUUCUCAAGAAGAACUUAUGCGCUCCCUCUUUCCUUCUUGGCGCGGCUCCUUCGAUGGUUGUCGCCCCUCUCUCUACGGCCUCGACGACGAUCGUGUUAUACAUACCCUCGAAAGCGGAUUAAUGACCGAGACGGAGAUCACUGCAUUACUAUCAUUGGUCCAAACCCCCGACUCCCACUUCCUCAAAGUCCCUUCACUUCCGUUCCACUCUCUCAUCAGCAUUUUGAGCAAGUUCCCCACCGACGUUGACAGCAGGGUCUUCUGGUCGGGCGUUCUUAGAGAUCUGCUUUAUGACUUAACCAUUGCUGCCCUCCGUGUUUUGCUUUCACGCUCUAACGGACAGCGAAAAGAGACCGAAGCUUGUUCCACCCUCUACAAACAAGUGUAUGAAGCAGCGUUAGGUUGCCAUGCAUUUACAGCACAACAAUCAGCUAACUUCGAGCAAGUCUGUCCUGGAGCUCAAGAUCAACACGGUUUUUGCGACACCGACAGCAUACCCAUACCCACGAUGCCAGGGCUUCCUCAGUGCAUUCCCACAGUCAAGGAUCAGUCGCGCCCCACUUCUCCCCCCGAUGAACUUCAACAGUUGACCACAGUUAAUCAAGCCUCACAAGCCGUCGAUGCGUCCCCAGUGGCCGAAGCCUUCCCCGAGGACAAACCUACAACUCAAAACCUUCAGGACCUUGCUCGAGAGUUCGGCGUGAAUCCACAGCUCAUCGAAGCUCUUGCACAGAGGUUAAACAACCAGUUAUAG